AUUCCACUUUACGAUGCCUGUUCGAAUGGGUUUCUCGAUGUAGUUGAACUGCUAUUAGAUCGUGGCGCUGAUACGGCCAUUAAAACAGAUUUUGGCGAAACGUGUUUGGUUGGCUCAGAUAGAUGGCGGCGAACAGCAACUUUAACGGAGGGCGAACAAACACAGUAUGAAAUGAUAGGAGCCAGGCUAUUGACAACACUUUCAAAGACUGGCAUUUGUAAGAAGCCAGUGCCAGCAUUAAAAAAUGCACAAGUUGAGUCUGCAUCAGAUGUGGAGUCCGAUAGCAAUAAUCAAAUGUUGGUGGAAGAAGAAUUACAUAGUGGCGGACGUAUACGUUCGAGUUUGAAUCGGUCUUCCAAGGAGUACAUCAAGAAAUCUCCACGUGACAAAUCCGCUGACAUGGAGUAUAAAACAGUAAUGGCACAAUUGAAACACCCAAACCGUUCAACCACACUUAACGAUGAUACUUACGAGAGUUUAAAUUGCGCGGCCAGUUAUUCAAAUACUCUGAUAUGAUUUAGGUCCAGAAUGCAAAAAAAAGACAUUUUCACACCCCUAUUAAAGAAUCUGCAUCGACCUCUAAAGAAAACCUACACACCGAUUCAAAAAAUUCUUGUUGGAGUGCAGAUGCGGUGUUAGCACCCGAUGAUGCUUUUCAGGUGGUUUUAGAUGCAUCGGCCGGUACCACAAAGCAACAGCGUCAAAAACAAGCGCGCAAAUAAUUCAUUUACAAACGAGGCAGUCUCAACGACAACACCCAUACAUUUACUGAUAUCUCCCUCAAAGUCGUCACCAAUUAAAGUACAAAGCACACAAGUUAUGCCAAUAACUGUUUAUUUUAAG